AUGGAUAUCAACCCCAAAUACGACGACUACGACUUCCCCUACACAAAGGCCGAGCCUCAAGAUGGUCACGCCGGUCAUCUCACCGAGGGCCAGAUUGCCCAGGUGCACCAGCUGCGCAUGAUGCUGGAAGCCGAGGGCCUGACCAAGCGUCUCGACACGUUGACCCUGUUGCGCUUCCUCCGUGCCCGCAAGUUCGACGUCGAGGCGGCAAAGAAGAUGUUUGUGGAUUGCGAGAAGUGGCGCGAAGAGAUCAAGCUGGACGAGCUCGUGCCUGUCUGGGACUACCCCGAGAAGGCCGAGAUCUCCAAGUACUACAAGCAGUUCUACCACAAGACGGACAAGGAUGGCCGCCCCGUCUACAUUGAGACCCUUGGUGGCAUCGACCUGGCUGCCAUGUACAAGAUCACCUCGGCGGAUCGCAUGAUCACCAACCUUGCCGUCGAGUACGAGCGGGUCUCCGACCCCCGUCUACCCGCCUGUUCCCGCAAGCAGGGCAGUCUCCUCGAGACGUGCUGCACCAUCAUGGACCUCAAGGGCGUCGGUAUCACAAAGGUGCCCCAGGUUUACUCGUACGUCCAGCAGACGGCCGGCCUGUCGCAGAACUACUACCCCGAGCGCCUCGGCAAGAUGUACAUGAUCAACGCUCCCUGGGGCUUCUCGACCGUCUGGAGCGUCGUCAAGGGCUGGCUCGACCCCGUCACCGUGUCCAAGAUCCAUAUCCUGGGCAGCGGCUACAAGAGCGAGCUGCUGAAGCAGGUUCCCGCCGAGAACCUGCCCAAGGAGUUUGGUGGCUCCUGUGAGUGCGAGGGCGGCUGUGAGAACAGCGACGCCGGUCCCUGGAGCGACCCCGAGUUCGCCAAGCCCCCUAAGUGGGAGAGGAAGGAGGGCGAGACUGCGGCUGCGGCUGCUCCCGCCACCGAUGCCGCUCCUUCUACCGGCGGAGAGAAGCCCGAGGUGACGACUGGCGUAGAUACCGCUCCUGUGCCGGAGAAGAGCGAGGGUGACGAGGCCAAGCAGCCCGCUGCCGCUUAA